GCCGGAUCCCCCCCGCUCCCGGUUCCCCCACUUCCUACCCCGGGUCCCCCCGUCCCGGUGCUCCCGGCUGGGGCUGCAGCUGGGGCGGGGGCUGGUGCCGGAGUGGGAGCCGGGGUCGGCGCCGAGGCCGGGCUAGGGGCUUCCAGGAUAGUCGAGAUUGCUGUCCUCUUCGGGAUAAGGACAAGCAUCGUAGAAGACGGGCGUCUGCUUGUGGGACUUGUGGGCUGUGCCAUCCUGCCAAACCUCGAGCGUGGAAGUGCAGGCCUCGGGCAGAGUUGGCUUCCUGGCACAUCUCCCACCCUCACCCUGUCCCGCGUGUCUCCGGAGACAAAAUUACAGCUACAGAGACUAAAGUGGCAACGGUUCUAGUUCUUGACCUGUGAAGUAGUUGCACAGACGGCAGUUGCUCACUUGGAUGCAGCGGGUCGGUAGCGGUCUCCCUAACGGGAGCCAGGCGGCGUCCCGGAGUCCCAGCGCAGCCCUCGCAGAACAGAACCAGGCGGCCACACUGCCGGUGCGGCUGCUCAGGGAUGAUGUGGCAGCUAUACGGGACGAUGUCCACGCCGAGAAUGGUUUCCAGAUGAAGGUGAACGCCCACGGCUUCAGCCCCGAGGAGUUGGUGGUGCAAGUGGACGGCCAAUGCCUGAAGGUGACCGGCCAGCGGCAAACAGAGAACUACAGCUCGGAUGGAGGUUCCUACCGCUUGGCGCAUAUGGUACACCGCCAGAUGCCGCUCCCGCCAGACCUGGAUCCCGCCGCCAUGACCUGCUGCCUGACCCCCUCAGGCUAUCUGUGUGUCCGGGGUCAGUGCCGGCCGCUGCCUCCCUCUGAAGCCCCAACAGGACAGUCCCCCAGACUCAGGAGUCGCGGCUCUAAGAAGGGUCCCAAACCAGCCUGACCCAAUAAACCACCAUA